AUGUGUCCAUGUCCGUCCCCAUGUCGUUCCCAAGUAUGCUUGGGCCGAUGCACAGAGAGACUCAUUUCUGUCGGAUGCUGUGCAACUGGACGACCUGCAUUUGAGGUCUGGCGCUGUCGAGUGGACGUCGAGCCACCGAAUAGACUGAAGAGACGAGGGCCGGCCGAAGGGGACAAUUCGCCCAAUUAUGGGACCGAUAGGCAGGCGCGACUUGGUCCCUCCCCUUCAGCCCCGACGACACAACAGACGCUGUGCUGGACCGGCCAUAAAGUACCUUCAAGACGACAGGAUUGCCAUGUCGACCGGCUAAUUGCCUACAUUCACGUCCCACAGAUCGUGCGACUGACCGCUUUGAAACGGCUCAACACGACCGCAUUAGACGAAUGCGGUCACACCAGGUCGGCUCGUGGCGACGACUUCAGGUGCCGGCAGCUCAGCUACUCGGCUGGGCAUGGAUACCAACAUUAA